AUGGCUGAUAAUAGAACCUUAAGGCAGUUAGCUGCUCCUGAUGUGAAUUACAAUGGUUUGUGUAUUGAAUAUGAUGCUGCUGCUGUUCCUUUUGAAUUAAAAUCGGGUUUAAUACACUUGUUGCCAAAGUUUAAUGGUCUUGCAGGUGAAGAUCCACAUAGACAUCUCAAAGAAUUCCAGGUUGUAUGCUCUACACCGUUGAGGCCUGAAGGAAUAACUGAAGACCAUAUCAAACUUCGGGCUUUUCCUUUUUCAUUGCAGGGUGCAACAAAGGAUUGGAUUUAUUAUCUCGAGCCAAACUCAAUUGCAAGUUGGACUGCCCUGAAAAAAGUGUUCUUAGAGAGAUACUUUCCUGCCUCCAGAGCUGCCUCAAUAAGAAAGGAGAUUUGUGGUAUUAGACAAGGUAAUGAGUCGCUGACCGAGUAUUGGGAGAGAUUGAAGCACUUGGUAUCUAGCUGCCCUCAACACCAGAUCACAGAGCAAUUACUCAUCCAGUACUUUUAUGAGGGGUUGUUACCGAUGGACAGGAAUAUUCUUGAUGCUGCUAGUGGUGGAGCACUAGUCGAUAAAACUCCAGCUGCUGCCAAAACACUUAUUGAAAAUAUGUCUCUUAAUUCUCAACAGUUCACUACUAGAGACAAUUCUGUUCACAGCAAAGGCGUGAGUCAAAUUCAAGUUUCUUCCAAUAAGGCUUUAGAGACCAGAAUUGACGAACUCACCACCUUAGUCAAACAGUUGGCAGUAGCAAAACCUCAAACAACAACUUUGUGUGGCAUUUGUACUUCUCCUGAGCACCCGACCGAUACUUGUCCUAUUCUAAGAGACGAGUCCAUUACUGAGCUGCCACAAGCUUAUGCAGCCAACCUUUACAAUUAA